UCGGCGCUCGAAAGCGAAACUCACAUGCGUCGCACCGCCUGCAGAUUCAGAUACAAAUACCCGUUCCGCAGAUACAGAUACACCGUCCGCGAGUCAAGAGUACAAAAUUCGCGACACGCAGUGAAGUUGCGCACGGAAUCCGAUUCAGGGAAAAUUACCAUUGCAAACGGGAAAUUCAAUUAGCAGCCGGACUCCAUCAAGUGCCUCGCCACCCAAUACAAGAAAUACAAAGUGGAGAAAUAGUACAAUAAAGUGCAGAGAAAUGCCAGUGCAAGAGCAGCAGUCUGCGGUUAUCGGUCAGCAAAUAAAGAUGGGCAGCGAAAUCCCCGGAGGAGUUGCGGCCACUAGUGCCAAACAAAAGCCCAAAAGCCGUUCAACAUGCUGGUUGCUGCAGCGCCGCCACAUGGACAACAUCUCGAUUGUCAUGGCCGAAAUGAUUGCCACCGCGAUGCUGAUGUUCCUGGGUUGCAUGGGUUGCAUCGAGAACUCCGCGUUCAGCAACUCCAACUUCCAGAGCUCUCUGAACUUCGGAUUCGUAGUGCUGAUCUGCAUCCAGUGCUUCGGAUCUGUGUGUGGAGCCCAUCUGAAUCCCGCAGUUACCUUGGCCACCUACGUCUACAACAUGAUCUCGCUGCCAAUGGCCUUGGCCUACUUUGUGGCCCAAAUGGUGGGGGCCUUCAUUGGCUAUGGACUGCUGAAGGCGGUGCUCCCGGCGAAUGCCAUCUUCAGCACGGCCACGCCCAAUGGCGUGUGCCUCACCACCCUCAACAGCACCUUGACCAGUUGGCAGGGCGUGGCCAUUGAGUUCCUGAUCACCUCCGUCCUCAUUUUCAUCUGCUGCGGCGUCUGGGAUCCUCGCAAUGCCUCCAAACAGGAUUCGGUGCCAGUUCGCUUCGGUCUCGCCAUCUCGUGUCUUUCCCUCACCGCGGGUCAAAUGACUGGGGCCAGCAUGAAUCCCGUGCGAUCCUUCGCUCCGGCCAUUUGGAAUGGAGUCUGGGAGAACCACUGGAUCUACUGGGUGGGUCCCUUGGGUGGAGCUCUGGUUGCCUCGCUGAUCUACAAGUACGCCUUCCGGCGGGAGGUGGAGGACUUGGAUGCGAUGGACGAGACCACGCUGUCAACGAAACGAACCUCGGAGGCGGAACUCGCCUAGAAUUUGGCUUAGUGUAGCCGUAGGACAAGCUAUUUUUUAAGUCUGUGUCAGCUGAAUGCGGUUUAGUUUUAAGUUGCAAAGCGUACAAAUAAAUACCUUAACUAAAAUCCUA